GAGGGCCGCGCGCGCGGGGGGAGGGGAGGGGAUGGCGCACCGCUAUCUGCUGCUGUCCCGGUGCUGCCGCGGCCUCAGCCGCUACCGGGGCCCCGCCCCCGCCUCCGCCUCCACCGUCACAGCCCAACACAGCGCCCCGCACACGCUUUCAGAAUCUGCACCAAGACGUGCCAGAUUGGAGAGGAACAAUCUACUGACAAGUGUACUUGGUGUGUGCGGGCAAUUGUACACCCGACCUCCAAAAGGUUUUGAAAAAUAUUUUCCUGACAAAAAUUCUAAAGCAGCAAGCGAAUCCGAUGCGUCAAAGGAAUCCAGUGAGAUCAAAGAUGCAAAAGCGCCAAAUCCUCAGAGUUCUGGGAGCAAUGGUGGAGGUGGAGGUGGAGGAAAGAAGGGAGGCAGGAAGGAUGAUUCGACCUGGUGGGCCAGAUUACAGAAAGGUGACAUUCCGUGGGACGACAAGGAAUUUCGGUUUUACUUCUUAGGAAGUGCAGCAGUUUGGGCGGCUGUUGUUUAUUACUUCUUCUUCAGGAAUGCGGGCCGGGAAGUCACCUGGAAGGACUUUGUUAACAACUACCUUUCCAAAGGAAUUGUGGACAGGCUGGAAGUCGUGAACAAGCGAUAUGUGAGAGUGGUGUUUGCCCCUGGAAAGUCACCCUUGGAUGGGCAGUAUGUGUGGUUUAAUAUUGGCAGCGUGGAUACAUUUGAGCGGAAUCUGGAGACUGCGCAGCUGGAGCUGGGCAUCGAGGGGGAAAGUCGGAUUCCUGUGGUGUAUUCUACGGAGAGCGAUGGCUCGUUCCUGCUGAGCAUGCUGCCAACUAUCCUGAUCAUUGGGUUCCUGCUGCUGACGCUGCGGAGGGGAUCAGCGGGAGUCGGGCGAUCAGGUCGGGGCAUGGGGGGGCUGUUCAGCGUAGGAGAGACCACAGCCAAGGUCCUGAAGGACGAGAUUGAUGUGAAGUUCAAGGAUGUGGCUGGAUGUGAGGAAGCCAAGCUGGAAAUCAUGGAAUUCGUCAACUUUCUCAAAAAUCCAAAGCAGUAUCAAGAACUGGGAGCAAAAAUCCCAAAGGGAGCUAUUCUCACGGGUCCUCCAGGCACUGGGAAGACCUUGCUAGCAAAAGCGACGGCAGGAGAGGCUAACGUUCCUUUCAUCACCGUCAAUGGCUCUGAAUUUUUGGAGAUGUUUGUUGGAGUGGGUCCCGCAAGGGUCCGUGACUUGUUUGUAAUGGCUCGUAAAAACGCUCCUUGCAUCCUUUUCAUCGACGAGAUUGAUGCGGUUGGAAGGAAAAGGGGCCGGGGUAAUUUUGGAGGGCAGAGCGAGCAGGAGAACACACUCAAUCAGCUGCUGGUGGAGAUGGACGGAUUCAACACUGCAACAAACGUGGUGGUCUUGGCUGGCACCAACAGACCAGAUAUCCUGGAUCCUGCGCUGCUGAGGCCUGGGCGCUUUGACAGACAGAUUUUCAUUGGGCCACCUGACAUUAAAGGAAGAGCGUCUAUUUUUAAAGUUCACCUCAGACCCUUGAGAUUGGAAACCUCUAUUAAAAAGGAUAAUUUGGCAAGAAAAAUGGCAGCUUUGACUCCUGGCUUUACAGGAGCUGACAUUGCAAAUGUAUGCAACGAAGCUGCUUUAAUUGCUGCCAGGCACCUUUGUGAUUCCAUUAUACAGAAACAUUUUGAACAGGCUAUUGAGCGGGUAAUUGGAGGGCUGGAGAAGAAAACUCAGAUCCUGCAGCCGGGAGAGAAGAAGACAGUGGCUUAUCACGAGGCUGGACACGCAGUGUCCGGCUGGUACCUCGAGCAUGCAGACCCCCUGCUAAAGGUCUCCAUCAUCCCUCGUGGGAAAGGCCUGGGAUAUGCUCAGUACCUGCCUAAAGAGCAGUAUCUCUACACCAAAGAGCAGCUUCUUGAUCGCAUGUGUAUGACACUGGGCGGACGCGUCUCAGAACAAAUCUUUUUUGGCAAAAUAACCACCGGAGCUCACGACGACUUGAAGAAGGUUACGCAGAGCGCAUACGCACAGAUUGUCCAGUUUGGCAUGAAUGAGAAGGUGGGCCAGGUGUCCUUUGAUCUCCCUCGUCAGGGAGAGAUGGCGUUAGAGAAGCCGUACAGCGAGGCCACAGCACGGCUGAUAGACGAGGAAGUUAGAACACUCAUCAACAUGGCCUACGAGAAAACCCUGACACUGCUCACAGAGAAGAGAUCAGAUGUACAGAAGGUUGCUGUGCGAUUGUUAGAGAAAGAGGUGCUGGACAAGGCUGACUUGCUGGAGCUGUUGGGACCGAGGCCAUUUGCUGAAAAAUCUACUUACGAGGAGUUUGUGGAGGGGACGGGAAGCCUGGAGGAGGACACGUCACUUCCCGAGGGUCUCAAGGACUGGAACAAGGAUCGCGGGAAGGAUAAAGAGUCGACGGACGAGCAGAUCGCCAGACACGUCACAGGAGGGAUGCCCUUCUGAUGGCUCUGCACUUGUUCAGCAAUCUGACUUGUUCUGAGCUUUGGAAAGUCCACUUCCAUCUGUCCGGCUGAAGAGUUUGAACAGCCUCGAGGAAUGGUCAGCUGGAGCUGCCCCCUAUCACCCCGGCUCUGCCCAGCACUCAGUCCUGUUGGGGCCAUUUUUGCUCCCAUCGCAAGCGAGUUUGUUUUAACGUUCAUUAAGCUGAUGAGCUUUGUUUUGUGUUGUUGAGAGUGAGUAACUUUGAUCACUUCCACAUUACAGCGGAGAUGACUUUACAUCCUGUACACGUCAAGUGUUUAUAGAAACAGCAGCUUUGCCUUACACCUGAAUGUGGGGAUACAAUACACUAAGAAAGCAGGAGAUGAUGUCUGAGAUUGACAUAAAUGCAUGUACACAAAUUUCAGUAAACUGCGAUCUAUAAGGUCUGCCGUCAGCCCUUCAGAAUCCGAUUAAGACUUGAAUGUAAUUAAGUUUUGUUUAUUGUGUAAAUAAUGUUCAAUUUUGGAACUUCAUGAAGUGUACAAAAAUAAAAGGUGAAAUAUUGUACUUUU